CUCUAAUUUCCAUUUUUCUUGUUUUAAAAUUUUAAAAAGAAAAUCUUAGCAAGAAAUGUUGGAAGAAUCAAUGUCGUCAACUGUACCUUCUUCAUCUCUCUGGGCUUCCAUUUUCAGCUGGUUUACUCCCACUGUUUUCUUCGUCUUCGUUAACCUCACCAUCGGUACCAUCUUCUUCACUUCCUCCUUAGCUUCCAACAAGCCUUCCGCCGCCGCUGCCGGUGUUGGCGAAGGAGAUGAGAGGAACGACCCAAGACUCGUUAGAUCCCCAUCUGUUUUCCAAAGGCUAAAAUCCAUCAACUUGUAUUCUCAUAGAUCCGAGGAGCCCGCGAGUUACAGUUCAAAAAUCCCAGAUGUCGGUGCCGAUUUCCAUUUCUCUUUUCAACAACAAACCACCCAGGAAUGGCAGCAGCCGUCUUCUCCGCCGCCGCAGAUGUCGGUGCCUUGCGUCGAUGGAUCUCCUUCUGUUUUUCAAAGGCUUAAGUCGAUCAAUCUCUAUGGAUACUUCUCUCCGGAGCAGAAAACCCAUGAAAUCAACUCACAUUGCACUACUGAUGAAGAAAUGAAAGAACCCGAAGCAGUUGAAGAUGCGAGCAGCGGUUUCCAUUUCUCUUUCCAACAACAAACCACCCCAAGGCAGCCGCCUUCGCAGCCGGAGGAAGCCAUCGAAGAAACACAAGAACUUAAAGAAGUGGAAGGAAAAGGAACCCAAGGUGAAGAGCUAGGAUUUGAAGAAAUACCCAUUUUCAAAACCGAAGUCGCGAGGACCAAAUCUGACGUCGAACCAGCGUCCGGCGUAGUACCGACCAAGCUUUCGAAGAAGAUGAGGAAAUCAGCGAGUCUCCAGUCUCCGUUCUCGCAUUUCGAGGAAGAAGACGUCGUGGAAACUCGACGGCCGGCGACCGUGAGAGAAGGGAAAGGUAAGGCUACGGAGGAGGACGAGGAGGUGGAUGCGAAAGCAGAUGAUUUCAUCAACAAGUUCAAGCAACAGCUGAAGUUGCAAAGGAUGGACUCCAUUAUCAGGUACAAGGAGACGGUGAAUAGAGGUAAUAGGUGAAGUAAGUUAAGCGUAGAUCUAUUACUAGUGUUGUUUAAUUACAUUCUGUUUGAACUUUCUGUUCAAA